AUGUUAAUUCGACAGAUCAUAGCAUUGGCGACAGCCUUGCUGGUACAGGCACCGGUAGCUUUAUCAGAUGAUAGUGUUGGACAUCAUCCCAUGCAAAAUGGAAUUCAGGUCUUGAAUCAAGAACAGGUAAAUGAAUCGCAAGGGAAGUUGCAACAGGCACAGAGUCAGCAAUGCCAGAUCCAGAAUCGACAAAUGCAAGGCCAGCAAUCGCAGUGUCAACCCUCAACUCAAAUUUACCAAAGCCAACCAACAGGAGGACAAGAACGAAGAGGACUGCAGCUUCAAGCUCGACAAUCUCAAGCUUCGCAAAAUCAGAGAAUUCAGCCUCUGUCAACUAAUACGGGGGGGUCUGGACAAUGCUUUUUAUCAAAUGGAUCUUGUGACCCCAACGGAAUACCUUGCUUUAGCAGCGACAGUGCAAGUCGAUGUUGUGGAUCUGACGAGUUUUGCUCUACAAAUAAACUGUGCGUUUCAAAGAAUGAUUCGAAUAAAUUCUCCCGUGGUUCUUGUACAGAUCCCACUUUCCGAGCGGCUUCUUGCCCGAAUAUUUGUCAAAAUAUCGGCGAUACUGGGGCAGUAUUACCAUGUGGUGAUCCGUCACUAGGAAGAUUCUGUUGCGACGAAGGCCGGGGUUUUGAAUGCUGUUCGACGUUAAGAAAGGUCUUCACACUAGGCAGAGGAACAACUUUUACGGAGAACUCUGCCAAUUCAGCCGCCACGGCCAACUCGGAUACAGACUUCCAGCCACAAAGAUCAUCUCAAUCCGCAACUACACGCACUGAGACUGAGACUGCGACCCAAAUUCAAACUCAGAUAUCUUCCGCAACUCAGAUAGUUGUGAGCACUUCUGUUUCCGUUUCUGUACAAGUUAUCACAUCCAAUCAAUCUCCAACAUCCACCAUAGCGUUUUCGCCAGCAGUUUCAAUUACAUCUUCGACAUCAAUCAUUCUUAUUACACAAACAACAUCACAAAACCAAAAUAGUCAACCAUUAUCAUCCUCCACCAUCUGGAAUGCCAAUACUCGGACUUCUGCUACUUCAAGUUCCAAUGGAGACCAAAGUCAAAAUGGAGGAACAAGUUCGACUACAAGUGCGAAUUCUCAAGCCUCAAGUAAGAGCCAAACCCAAAACCAAACUGAUAACCAGGAUAUUCAAUCCACCGUGUCAAACUUUCUGAAAUCCCCCAAUAAUAUGACCGCAAUCAUUGCUGGAUCCAGUGCCUUGGUUGCCAUCGUGAUAUUGGGAAUAUCGAUAGUUUGUUUCAGAAAACGAAGACGGAGUAAGAAGUCAGGUAUUCAGUUACAAGAUGGUAAAAGACGAGGAUCUGCAUCUGAGAGGGGCGCUAGCGAGAAAAUGGGGAAAAUUGAUGAAGAUGGAAAUGGAAAUGGAAAGGGAGACACAAGUAUAGGGGUAUUUGUAACAGUGUCUGAGAAGCUUAGAGGGUUUAAGAAGAAAGCACAUACCGCGCAUUUGAAAGAAGACGAUAGGGUCUCGAGGGAAUUUGAUGGAGCGCUUGGAGGCGGAAUGUACCUGGAAGGUGGUACUAUGGGGAGAGGACGACCACGUGGAGACUUAGGAAGGAGUUCAGCGGGUAGUGAAUACAUGAGUACCAGGGAUAUGAGUACGAACUCAAACAACCCCCCACCCAUCCCUUCGAGCUUCAGCAACCCCAGAACUCCUCCUCAGCCGCCUUCACUACCACCAUUUCUUCCAUCCCAAUCUCUAGAUUCGGAAUACAGAACCUCUCGAGGAUCUUUCACCUCAGCAACUACGGGAUCUCAUUAUAGUCGUGCGACAAAUGGAGACCCAUUACGAAUACCGUUGCAAAUAGAUAUGCCUGUGCCAUACCGUCCAGUUGCAAGUGGGAAUGGUGGAGCGUAUGGGCUACUUUCGAGAGAGGAAGAACAAGGUUCUGGACUCGGGAGGGAGCGAACGAAUGACCAGAGGCAGGAAGAACCUAGAGGUUUCUUUUAG